UGAUCAGUCAAAAUGCGAAUUUCGAACAAUUUAAACCUCCUCCUUCAAUGUUCUUCACUCAUUUGUGCAAUCGUUUUCAACUCACUACUGAUCUACUUGAUAAUCACAAAAUCUCCGAAGAAAAUGGGAAAUUACAAGGCACUCAUGAUAUAUUUCUCAACGUUCUCUAUGGUUUUUGCAGUGAUUGAUAUGAUUGUGCAACCGUUCAUCCACAGUUACGGAUCAUGUUUCUUCAUGAUAAUGAGCAUCAAAGACUGGCCGUUUACAGUGGAGAUGGCUCAGAUAGCUUUGAGCAUCCUAUGUGGUUGUGGGGGUGUGACCCCUUUCCUGAUUGCAAUUCAUUUCAUUUAUAGAUUUUUUGCUUUGGAGAGAAAAGGAAACCUAAAAUAUUUCUCCGGAACCUACUUGUUUAUGUGGUUCUUGAUUCCAAUCGCUGGCGGUAUUAAUUGGUUUCAUCUUUCUUGGUUCUACUAUAGAAGAAAUGAUAAAACAACAGAAUAUAUCAAGGAAGCAGUAUUGGAAAACUUUGGUCUCCACAUGAAUGAGACCGUCUACUCUGCAGCAUUAUUUUACCCGGCAGAUGAACAUGGAGUUCCUAAUUUGGAUAUCAAGAUUUUUAUCAGUUAUGUCAUCCUCUCUUUCAGUAUGGUAAUUCCAUUCGCAGUAAUGCUUGUUGCCGGGGUGAAGAGCCAUUCACAAAUCAAAAAAUUGAUUGAACAAGGAGAAUGUGACUACACAAAACGACUACAGUUGCAGCUGUACAAGGCAUUACUGGUGCAGACAUUUCUCCCAAUCUUCUUGUUCUUCAUGCCAAUGGGAGCAUUGUUCAGUGCUCCACUUUUUCAUAUUGACAUCGGAAGUUGGUCAUAUCUCACUACAUACCUGUAUGCUUUGUAUCCAGCAGUCGAUCCACUUCCAAUUAUGUUUAUAGUACAAGAAUAUCGAAAUGCGUUUAUUGAACUAUUCGACUGCUUCCGAUGUUCUCCACCUUCUCGAAUAGAAGAUUCGUCGACAAUCAAAAGAGAUUCAGAAACUGUAUAG